AUGCCAAGAGAAGAUAUUGCCUUCCAGACCAGUGACAAUGUCACUCUCCGCGGCUGGUUCUACCUGCCUGAAGCAUCCUCAACCACCCCAUUGCCAUGUGUGGUGAUGUCCCAUGGCUUUACAGCAGUCAAAGAAAUGUAUCUCGACAAAUACGCUGCCACCAUCACUUCUUCUCUCCCAAUUUCCUGUCUCGUGUAUGACCAUCGUGGUUUUGGAGCUUCGGACGCUCUCCCAUCUGCUCCUCGUCUCGAAAUAAUCACUUCCUUGCAAUGCAGCGAUCUCUCGGAUGCGAUCACUUAUGCUCAGAGCAGAGAAGAUGUGAAUAAAGAAAAGAUCGGGAUAUGGGGUGUAGCCUUCAGUGGCGGGCAUUGCAUAAAGGUUGGAGCGGUUGACAGAAGGGUCAAGGCGGUCUUGAGUCAAGUACCCAUGGUAAAUGGUUGGGAGAAUUUUCAUCGGUUGACCCCACCGCAUCUUGUAGCUGGAGCAGAAGGGAAAGCAGCAAUGACGAUUCCUGUCAGUCCUUUAAAUCCGAAGGCAACUCCUGCGGUACAAGGAAUUGAUGCCCACGAGUUCUUUUUCGGAUUGGGGAAGGGAACCGAAUGGAAGAACGAAGUGACUAUCAAAACCAUGGAAGAAUUUCGAUCAUACAAUCCAUGGGUCCACAUCCAUCGCAUAUCGCCAACUCCCCUGCCGAUGGCGAUUGCGGAGAACGACACUCUUAUGCCAACUGAUCUGGCUCUGACCGCAUACUCUAAGGCCCUAGAGCCCAAAGAGCUCCAACUUCUACCUGGUGGUCAUUUUGGUGGUUAUGGUGCACACUUCGAGAACGUCGUUAAGUGUCAAGUCGAAUUCUUGAAGAAGACGCUCUAUACUUGA